UGCCAUGCGAAUCCCGCAGGAAAUUCAUGACGAAAUCAUCGGUUUCCUACACGACGACCGCGACGCCCUCCAAACCUGCGCCCUCGUGUGCCGGGCCUGGCUCCUCCGCGUGAGGUUCCACCUCUUUCGGACCGUCACCCUCGAUCCCUCCCCGCGCAGCUGCAGCUUUGUCAAACUCGCCCAGCUGUGCCCCGAAAUCCAGCCCUACGUGCGGGACCUCGAGCUGCGCGGGCGCGCCCCGUCCUCGAAGGCGUGGUGGGAAGCCGCACAGCCCACGGACAUACGGUGGCCCACGCUGCCGGGGGGCGUGCCACACCCCGCCGCCCUGCGCCGCGAGCCGGACGCGGUGGAGGUGCUGUCGUGGCUGCGCCUGACAUUCGCCCCCCCGGACUGCGGAGGGGGGCCCCCGCUUCUCACCCUGUCCAAGAUCUACACGCUGAGACUGUCAGAGACGACGCUCAACGCAGAGUCUGCGGCGUUCCUCGCGGAGGUGUUCCCGCACGUCCGCACGCUGUCCGUCAACCAAUGCCGUGUAAUGUCGUUUGCGGGCCUUGCCCGUCUGUUCCAGGCGUUCCCGCGCCUGUCGACGCUCCGCCUCCUGGCGGUUGAGUGGCUGCCGCACAGGACUGGGGGUGUCCUCCCGGACACUACGCCCGGGUCGCUUGCGAGUCUGACCGCAGUCGACUUCUCGCGAGACAUCUACCUCGAGCCGCUCAUCGAGUGGUUCCUGAAAGUAUCCGCGCACAAAUCCAUCCGUUCCCUGACUUGCUCGAUCGCCACGCGGAAGAGUGCGACCGCGAUACGCACCUUCUUGAUGGCCUCGGGCACUUCACUGCACGAAUUGUCUAUCACGCUCGCCGAGGCCCAAGACCCGACCGCCAUCUUAGAAGCGACGCAGCUUGACCUUUCCACUUCCAUGGGCCUCCGGUCUCUCCACAUCCCAUGUCUGCACAGUCGCAUGGGCUUCCCGAGCCGCUCCCUGUCCUGGGUCCUGAUACUCCUGGCCAAGGUGCGCUCGCCGAAUCUGGAGGAGAUACGGAUUUCCAUAACGUCGCCUGAGCUGGCCCGCCUCAACCUCGAGGGACUCGAUGUCGUCCUGGCGCAAAAUGCGCUUAGCAGGAUGCGUUCCCUGACGUUCGACGUUGACGACACCAAGGUCGCCUCGAAGCGUGGGCCUGCGGAGGUCGAGAGACUGCUCACGCAGAGGGUCCCGACUGCGAGCGCGCAGCGGCUGGUGCGCGUAGAGUACCGGUGUUGAACGGGUCGCGAGUGGCUAUGUAUAGAUGCGGCCUGGACCAACCAACCACAUACAGUAGCACGUCGAUCAGCCGCAGCCUCCUAUCUGUCUGUGGAGCAGGUUCCCGAGCUGACCACUUGCUCGUUGCGGUUGCCGUCAAAGUUUGCGAAAUUCUCUGGAGACCGUGCGGCCUUGGCGUAGUAGUCGGCCCUGAGGUUGGGCUUACGCCAACGUAACUGCUUUUGCAAUAACAUCGACCUCGAAUAUCUGCUAGUUUUUUCAGUAGCAGGGCGCGUAUAAGGAUCAAUCGCCUGGACUCACUUGUAUAAAUCGCUCAUAGCGAAAUC